CCGUGGCGCUAUCUGCUCCUCAGUGGUCCCCUAACACAGGGGUUUUGACACGUAUGCUGUUUUUCUUGUUCCUGGAGUCACAUAAAUUUUGCAGAUUGUAAGACAAGUUCUCCUGGGAAGAUUGUGAAACGACAGGAAAGAUGAGUACCGUCGCAGAACAACCUUGUUAUACGUUGAUAAACAUUCCAACUGAUACGGAGCCGUUGAACGAGCUGCAAUUGAAACAUGAUUUGGAGAAAGGAGAUGUCAAAACAAAAAUUGAAGCCCUUGAGAAAACUAUUCAUAUGAUAUUGAGCGGGGAACGCCUGCCGGGUCUUCUGAUGACCAUCAUCAGAUAUGUUCUUCCGCUGCAGGAUCACAUGAUUAAAAAGCUUCUAUUGAUAUUCUGGGAGAUUGUACCAAAAACUUCUCCCGAUGGUAAACUGCUUCAGGAGAUGAUUUUAGUAUGCGACGCGUACAGGAAAGAUUUGCAACACCCGAAUGAAUUUGUCAGAGGUUCUACGUUGAGAUUUCUGUGCAAAUUGAAGGAGCCGGAGCUUUUAGAACCACUGAUGCCUGCAAUAAUUGCAUGCUUGGAACAUAGACAUUCUUACGUGAGACGUAACGCAGUCCUAGCUAUUUUUACAAUUUACAGAAACUUUCAAUUUCUCAUACCAGAUGCUCCGGAGUUAAUAGCAAAAUACUUAGAAGGGGAACAAGAUAUGUCUUGUAGAAGAAAUGCAUUUUUGAUGUUGCUUCAUGCUGACCAGAGUAGAGCACUCGCUUACUUAGCUGCUUGUUUGGAUCAAGUACCCAGUUUUGGUGAUAUACUGCAACUGGUUAUUGUUGAAUUAAUUUACAAAGUUUGUCUUGCAAAUCCUUCAGAAAGAGCUAGAUUUAUCAGAUGCAUUUACAGCUUGUUGAAUUCCUCGAGUGCUGCUGUUCGCUACGAAGCAGCUGGCACUUUGGUGACACUUUCAAGUGCCCCCACAGCAAUUAAAGCUGCAGCCUCAUGUUACAUAGAAUUGGUUGUUAAAGAAAGUGACAAUAAUGUUAAACUGAUCGUCCUCGACCGUUUGAUUGCAAUGAAAGACAGUCCUGUUUAUGAAAGAGUGCUUCAAGAUCUGGUUAUGGAUGUACUUAGAGUAUUAGGUUCACCGGCAUUGGAAGUAAGAACAAAAACGUUAGCUCUUGCGAUGGACCUGGUAACCACACGCACAAUCGAAGAAAUGGUUCAACUCUUAAAGAAAGAAGUGCUUAGGACUGCCGGUGGAGAACACGAAGAUGCUGGCAGAUAUCGACAGCUUUUAGUGCGAACGUUACAUGCUUGCUCCAUUAAAUUCUCAGACGUAGCCGCAACAGUUAUUCCAGUACUGACAGAUUUUCUAUCAGAGAACAACGAGGCUGCGGCUACUGAUGUCUUGGUGUUCGUUCGCGAGGCUAUUCAGCGAUUCGAGAAUCUCAGGCCACUCAUUGUUGAGAAACUCCUUGAAGUAUUUCCACACAUAAAGUCAGUGAAGGUACACAGAGCAGCAUUGUGGAUUCUCGGAGAAUACGCGACCUCAAAAGAAGACAUAGAAGCCGUAAUGAACCGCAUACGCGCCGCUCUAGGUGAACUGCCACUGCUCGAAGCAGAAAAUAAGCGUCAGGCCGGUGAGAAGUCGUCGGAAGAUGAAAACGCCCAAACUUCACCAGCGCAACUGGUCACCUCUGACGGCACAUACGCUACUCAAAGUGCAUUUAGUGCAACAUCUGCUCACAAAAAGGAAGAGAAGCGUCCAGCGCUAGUUCAGUACAUGAUGGAAGGCGACUUCUUCAUCGGUGCUUCAUUAGCUACGACCUUGGCCAAGCUGGCCCUCCGUUACAAGAGUCUCGAGAACGAUCUGCAGAAGAGCAAUCGUAUGCAAGCCGAAGCGAUGUUCGUGAUGUCCAGCGUGUUGCAACUGGGUCGUUCAGGUCUGCCUACGAAGGCGAUGACUCACGACGACGCUGAGCGAAUAUCUUUGUGUCUGAGAUCACUGGCUUGUCCCAUGCCGCUUGUGCAGACGGUGUUCACCGAGGGUUGCCGCGAAGCUCUGGGCAGGAUGUUGGCAGCGAAGGCUGAGGAGGAUUCACAAAAUCAGAAGGCAAAGGAGAAGCCAGGUAGCGUUGUCCAGGUAGACGACGCGAUUCAGUUCCUACAGUUGAGCCGUGGAUCAGACUUAACCGGUGGAUCUGGGGACGUGUUCGAGCAGAGUCUCAGCGCCGCUGUUGCUGGAAGACCUGGCGCUGGCGGAGACGCACCGGCCCCGAGUGCUCUGAGCAAAGUCACCCAGCUGACUGGCUUCUCGGACCCCGUAUACGCGGAAGCUCUCGUUCACGUUAAUCAGUACGACAUCGUACUCGAUGUGCUAAUCGUUAAUCAAACCGAAGACACGCUACAAAACUGUACCCUGGAGCUUGCGACUAUGGGUGAUCUGAAGCUUGUAGAGAGGCCACAGCCCAUCGUAUUAGCGCCACGAGACUUUGCCAGCAUCAAAGCUAACGUCAAAGUAGCUUCUACGGAAAAUGGGAUCAUAUUUGGGAACAUAGUGUAUGACGUAUCCGGCGCCGGUUCUGACAGAAGCGUGGUCGUCUUGAACGAUAUACAUAUCGACAUUAUGGAUUACAUAGUACCAGCUACGUGUACGGAUGCAGAAUUUCGACAGAUGUGGGCAGAGUUUGAGUGGGAGAAUAAGGUGUCCGUGAAUACGACGUUGUCAGAUUUGAGGGAGUAUCUGGCUCAUCUUUUGAAAUCUACAAAUAUGCGCUGUCUUACUCCAGAAAAGGCCCUUUCUGGACAAUGCGGUUUCAUGGCAGCAAACAUGUACGCAAAAUCCAUAUUCGGAGAGGACGCACUAGCAAACAUGUCUAUCGAAAAACCCUUGAAUAAACCAGACGCUCCAGUUGUUGGCCAUAUACGUAUCAGAGCAAAGAGUCAAGGCAUGGCGUUAUCAUUAGGAGACAAAAUCAAUUCCACGCAGAAAGGACCGCAAAGCAAAGUGGUGCAAGCUGCUUAAAACGCGUAGUCACUAAAUCUGUUUUACGUAUCCUCAGUAUUCGAGUCGUUUCGAAAAAAAAGCGUAGCCAAUUGAGAUAUGUUUUAUACAACUGAAUACAUUGGUAUUAUUACGCCAUUUUUUUCUUUCUUUUUAUUCGAUUUCCUUGCGUACCGAUAUCGUUUACCGACGAUACUUGCUGUACCCGCAAGCGAAGAAAUACGUACACGAUAUACUUUAGCUACACUUCUAUUUUAUUCUGUUGAAACUGUCGUUUCUGAUAUAUACAAUAUUUUUUACGAAAUAAAGAACGAAUACUUUA